AAUAACAUGCAGUUUAAAUGGAGCAUCUAGUUAUUAAUGCAACAGUUUGUCUCUUUUAACCCGACAGAAACGACCCAGCCAGGAUUCUCCCAGGCGGACUCUGCUCCGCUGUACCCCCCUCCUCUCUCCCCUGACCCGGGCAGCCCGCUCACUCACCUGGGGACGCUGCUGGCCGGACACGACGCACCGCGGAGCGGCGGGUGGGACAGGAGAGUGGACCUGGGCUUUCAGUUACUGGGGCGAGAAGCUCACGCAGACCAGAGUGUCACCAUCCUGCACGCCAAGGUCGCCCAGAAGUCCUACGGUAACGAGAAAAGGUUCUUCUGCCCUCCUCCGUGUGUUUACAUCAGCGGUCAUGGAUGGAGAGUCAUGCAGAACCAUCUGACAGCAGCUGGCUACGGAGACUCUGUGUAUGGAGUGUGUGGUUACAUGUGUCUGGACAGCUCCAGUCAGUCUCAGGCCGACACUUUCAAACUGGUCUUUGAUGAGCAGCCGAACUCCAGGAUGUUUGCGUCGGCCAAGUCUCUGUUCAUCUCUGAUCAGGACAAGAGGAAACACUUCUGCCUGCUGCUGCGACUCUUCCUCGGCAACAGACAGGAAGUGGGUUCAUUUCAGAGCCGGAUGAUCAAAGUCAUCUCCAAACCCUCCCAGAAGAGACAGUCCAUGAAGAACGCCGACCUGUGUAUCUCAUCGUGCUCCAGAGUAGCUUUGUUCAACCGUUUACGCUCGCAGACGGUCAGCACUCGUUACCUCUCAGUGGACAGAGGAGCUUUCAUAGCCAGCGCCAGACAGUGGACAGCCUUCACCAUAACCCUGGUGGAGGACCAGCGUGCUGACCAAGGAGACUUUGUGCUGAGCGAAGGCUUCAUCUGCUACGGCUGUGUGGUCCAGUUAGUGUGCAGUGAGUCUGGAGUCUCUCUGCCACCCAUGUUGAUCCGUAAGGUCAACAAGCAGCACGCCAUCUUAGAUGUGGACGAGCCGGUCUCUCAGCUCCACAAGUGUGCCUUCCAGUUCAGAGACAACCCCCACGCAUACCUGUGUUUAUCCAAUGAUGCCAUCAUACAGCACCAGGCCCCGUCCUGCGCCGGAGACCCCAGCAGAGCGGCGCUGAACGACGGGUCCUGCUGGACCAUCAUCGGAGUGGAAGCAGUGGAGUUCACCUUUAAUCAGGGUCCCACCUGCAUCCAGACCCCAGUUACUCCUUUUCCUGUUAUCACCGGGUUAGAGGUUAAUGGUGGCGGACACGUUGCAAUGCUGGAGAUCCACGGAGAAAACUUCAGCCCUCAUCUCAAAGUGUGGUUUGGAAACAGCGAAGCUGAGACGAUGUUCAAGUCUCCUAAAUCUCUGCUCUGCGUCGUCCCUGACGUCUCUGUGUUCAGUGACGGCUGGCGCUGCCUGCGACGCAUCAUCACUGUCCCUCUGUCUCUCAUCCGAUUGGACGGCCUGAUCUAUCGCACGUCCUUCAGCUUCACCUACACACCUGAGCUCCAACCGCCGCCGCUGGCCCUCCGAGGAGCGGCGGGAGGAGGGAAGAGAGAGGGAGGGAUGGAGGGAAGCCAGCAGGACGACGUCCUGUUAGAAACGAUCCAUCAGGAGUUCACCAGAGCCAACUUCCACCUGUUCAUGCAGAGUUAGCUCACCUGCAGACAGAGGGGGGGCUGAUACCUGAGUAUCAGGUGGAGUCACAACGUGAAACUGUUUUUUUUAUCAAAGCCGGUCAGUGGACUAGAACCACAUUGUGACACAUCCUGGACCACAAUAUUCUCUAU